AUGUCGCGGGAAAAAGCCACCGUGGUUCACGCCAUUGACAAGUGCUUGGAUCAGAAGGAUGCCACCUAUCAAGUCGUUGGCCAGUGCUACAAUCAAUUGCCAUCUGCGAGAAGUGGUGCCAUCAGUGCCAGUGACCUCCAGGCAGUGCUCACAUCUAGUGCCAGAUCUCUUGGUUUGCCGGCACAAUUCUUCAUGGGCAAGGAGCAAAUUUUUGAGAGUUUUGAUCUCAAUGGCAAUGGUAUGAUCGAGGAAGACGAGGCCAAGCGAAUCAUUUGGAAACUACUGCAACACAAGCGACUGGAAUUGGCCGGUCGCCGGCCUAUUAAAGUGCCAGUCUCUUCGGUAGUUGCUCAAGGCUACAGUGUGGUCAAGGAGCUUGGCCGUGGUGGACAGGGGACCAUGUACCUUUGUACAAAGCGCUCUUGGUUUCGCACGUCGAAAUACUGCAUCAAGUUCUACGAGAAGGCCGAUGCAAAUGCAGGUGGUCUUGAUGAGCUGAUGGAUGAAUAUGCCCUGAUGUCCAGCUUGGACAAUCCACACAUUGCGAAAACGUAUGAGGUCUUCCAAGACAAGUCUUUUUACUAUCUUGUCAACGAGCCAUACUUCGGUGGAGACCUGACGAAGUUGGGCAAGAAUGCCUAUCAGAGCAAAGUCAGGAUCAGCGAGAACUGGUGGCGUGGCAUUUUUCGACAGUGCUUGGAAGGGCUUUGCUAUUUGCAUACACAGGGGGUAAUGCACUGCGACAUCAAGGAGCCCAACAUCAUGAUUGCAGCCAGCGAUUACCAGGUGCCCCAUGUCGUCCUGAUUGACUUUGGCCUUUCAACAGCGUUCACGAGCAACCGAGAAGGAGUUUGUGGCACGCCCGGCUACAUUCCACCCGAAACGUGGAGGACUGGUGUUUGGUAUCCACGGGGUGAUGUCUUCAGCAUGGGGGUCGUGUUCUUUCAAUGUGUUUGUGGUAUGGUGCCCACCAAAAAUGGCACAGUUCAAGGGGCCCUAGUUGAUGGCUGCAGAAGCCAAGAUGAGAUUGCCUCAGCAGCAUGGAGUAAGCCAUUGCCUUGGGAAAGGUUUCCAGGGAACAUGCCUUUGCUGCAAGACAUCAUUGAGCUCAUGACGCUGCGAGACAGAAGCCAUAGGCCAAGAGCAUUGCAAGCGGCAAACCACGAGUGGUUCCACGGCAGCAGCGACGUGGAUCUUCCAGCAAGCUCUUUGCAAGGUUUGAUCGGCUGUGCAGACAAGCAUCAAGUGAUCGAAGAACUGACAAUCCGCCUGGGAGAGGCCAACACGUUGCAUGCCAUGCGCCAGCUCCUGGAACAGUUUCAGAAACUUGAUCGACACAAGCAAGGGACCGUCGAGGAUGGUGUCGCGUACGAAUUACUUGUGCGGCAUGCGGUGCCCACCAAGGUUGCACAGCGCUGUGUCCAGUCUUGUGGUCGAGAUUUUCCAUAUGUUGCCCUGAUGAAUGACAUCCUGGCAUCCAAAGAAAGGUAUGGGUAUCAGUACAUCCUGGAGCUUUUCCAAAAGCUCGAUGUGGACCAUUCAGGGAGCCUUUCCGUGGGUGAGCUUCGAGGUCUCAUCGGCAGCGGGGUUUUUCAGCUUGCAGGGCCCGAGGAUGUCGACCGGUUGCUUUCUUGGAUGGACGUCAACAAGGAUGGCACUGUGUCCUUCGACGAAUUCCUCAAUGUGGCCUUGGAAUUUGGACAAAUUAGCAGUCGUGCAGAAAGUGAUGAAGCAAGCACAAGCUUUUGGGCAGGGCUUGGUUUGCGAGGCUGGGCUUCUGCUGAACCUGCAACCUCCAUAGGUGCUGGGCGAAGCUUUCAGCCGCGCGAGCCCAACAUCGGUGGGAUGCCCAGCCAGCAGCAAGGCGUGGAUUCCUUGGGGCAGCGGGCACAGCCAGUGCAGCAAGAAGUUCAGGUUUGGAGACUGCGAGUAGGCAUCCUGAAUGCUGAAGGUGCACCCUUCAUAGAUCCAAUGCAGUUCCACUCUGCCUACGUGAUUUGCUCUUUGUGCGGUGAAGACCCACAAUCCGACGCAGUGGAACUCUUUCGCACUCAUGCAGUUGGCUACAGUGGACAAGCGAGUUGGAAUAUCGAAGAGGAUUUGCUUGACUAUCAGCCACCCGACGGUUUGGAGCUCUCUGUUGUUUGCCAAGGCGCAGGAAAUUCUGAAUGGCUCCUUGGAAGCGCACGGCUUCAGCAUCGGCAAUUCUUUCCCCUUGGCUGCAAUACGCGCCUUACCUUGGUGCGUGCUGCUGAAGGUAUUCAAGGGACAUUGUGGGUGAAGGUUCUGGUGAUGGAGGACAAUGGCACGCCAGUCUCCGAAGCUCCGUUGCAAGAGCCUUCGCCUCCAAAGAAACAACAACAAUGGGCAGUUCAUCCUGGCUACCACGAAGCUGGAAGCUUUGCCAAUGCAACAGGAGCAAAUCGUGGCAUUCAAGUCACAUGGGGAAAGCGUUGGGUCGAAAAUCGCCAACCACAUCUGGCUGCUGUCAGACAGAUGGCAGCUCUACAGCCACAGCCACUGCCUGCAGUGCCACAACAUGUUUAUGCACCAAGCCCGCAAGCAGUCCCUAUGAUGCCUCCAAUGAUGGUGCCCAGGCGCGGCUGA